GCGGCGUGUCCUUGUGUCUGUCCGCGUGUCUGUGACUCGCAGCGGCUGCUCUGCGCUCUGUCUGCCCGCGGGAUGCUGGCGCUGAGCGCCGCCCGCCGCCUGCUUCGCCCGCCCGGGGACCUGCUGCCGCCGCCGGGGCUCGCCUGCAUGUGGGCGGCCGGUACCCGCGGCUGCAGCGGGGCCGGCGCCGGCUCGGCGAACCCGGUGGUGUACUUGGACGUGGGCGCCGACAACCAACCGCUGGGACGCGUCGUGCUGGAGCUGAAAGCUGACGUGGUCCCAAAGACAGCAGAAAACUUCAGAGCUCUUUGUACUGGUGAGAAGGGAUUUGGGUAUAAAGGAUCCACUUUUCACAGAGUGAUUCCUUCAUUUAUGUGCCAGGGUGGUGACUUCACAAAUCAUAAUGGAACCGGUGGAAAAUCCAUUUAUGGCAGUAGAUUUCCAGAUGAAAAUUUCAUACUUAAGCAUGUAGGACCUGGUGUUCUUUCAAUGGCCAAUGCAGGACCCAACACAAAUGGAUCCCAGUUCUUCAUCUGCACUGCAAAAACUGACUGGCUAGAUGGAAAGCACGUUGUUUUUGGGCAUGUAAAGGAAGGAAUGGACGUAGUGAAAAAAAUUGAGAGCUUUGGUUCCAAGAGUGGAAAACCCUCCAAAAAGAUUGUCAUUACUGACUGUGGCCAGCUGUCCUAACCUUUUGCCCUACUCUUUAUGACAACUUGGAUGCUGUGAAAAAUGAGUCAUAAAAACACCCAAACAUUUCUUAUCUCACAAGUAGCACCUAUGGAACCAUGUUAUUUUAUUUAACUUGGUCCAACUUUUAUACUUAUAUUGAAUAAUAUUGAUUAAAACCAUAAAAUAGUAACUGAAGCAUGUUGUAAGUGCACCACCAUGGUAGUCACACUGGUUUGGUAGAGUCCCCUUGUGUUUUGCAAGAAGUGCUGAAGUCACCCAGGGUGAACCUGCCUGCAGUGUUGAUACUGUAUUUGGAUGUUUCAGCUGUUACAAUGGGUGGUGGAGUUUGAUAGCAGGGGUUCUGCAGUUGGGGGUUAGGUAUAAAUUGAGAAAUGUGGUGUUUCCUUUGGUGCUAAUAAAUUCUUAUUCUGUUGUUUGUCUCAUCAUUUUGAAGCAAUACUACUGACCAGUGCUCUCAAGGCAGUCUGCAACAGCACUGGCAUUUUCUUUGUGUCUCAGUUAAAUUCUAUCCAAGAGGUUUAAUGAGCAACUGUGGGUUUCUUAAAAAUUAAUUCUGGUUUAGGGUUUCUUACAGCCUCAGACUACAUUUAAAAAUAAACUCUACCUUACCUGCUUCAGUGGAGCAAUUUGACUUUUGAGUUAAGUAAAUUACUUUAGGUUGAGUUAGGUUACUACUGAAGCUCUACCUGGCAAUAGGACCUCAACUCAAUCCAGCCAAAGAUCUCAGGACUUUUAUUAUUAGGGAACUGUAAACUUGAAGUGUGUUUCUGCUCUGGGAUCCAGUUCUGUGAGGAAUACAGCUCAGUUCUCAAUAUAUGGCCUAUUUUUGUACUUUGAGAAUAUAAUCAGUAUAGUGAGCUUCUUGAGUGAGAAAUAGGCUUGAUUGCCUUUCUGUCAUGUUGAUCCUGUGAAGUCAGCCCAACUUUGGUAUUACUUGGAUUAUGAUUCUUAUGUAUCAUCAUCAUCAGUCAAAAUUGGUCACCAGAGAAUCACAAGGCCUAAUCAGUGCAGCAAAAUGGUUAUUGUUGGGGUUUAUGCACAAGAAGGAAAGAAUUCAGCGGAUCAGCUCAAGACAUUUCAUUUGCAUAAAGCAGGAUGUAUGUUCCAU